UUUUCAGUGAGAGAGUAGACUCAGAGUUCCUGGAAAAUCUAUUCCAGGAUUCUGGUAUUAGAGACCUGGGAAUUCUGGUUGAGAGUGAAGGAAUGGAUUCUUUUCAUGAACAAAAUCAUCCCUGAAAUGCUAGAUUUAAGUCUGCAAACAGACCCUUUAUACAUACAAAUACUCUGCUUAGAUCUCAAGCAAGGUGUAGUGAGUGAGGCCCAAUGAGCCUUCAGACUCUCAGACUCUUGGGAUGGGAUAGAGUUGCUGGGAGCAGAAUGGGAAAUGCGCUUGUCUCCCGUUUCUCCAGAGAACAUCUAGGACUAUUAAUUUGGAAAGAAGAGUAUGAGGGGGACAUGACAAAGUGAUGUAAAAGAGGAAACCAGCUAGACAUUGCUAUUUACCCUGGCCAGUAAUAGAAAAACAAGAAAGCUGUAGAGAAAUUAGAAGGCAACAAGUUUAAAAACUGAUAAAACACUUUUUUACAGCAUGUUCACAAAGAAUUACCAGGAAAAAGCAAGGAUUUGGGUUCACGUAUCUCUUAUUAACAGUGCUGCAUUACCACAACUGUCCUUGAGAUGGUGCCAAUAGCCACUGCUGCAGCGAAGGGGACCUGGACCAGCAGUCAGAGGAAGGGAAGCAGUAAUUAUAGCCCUAGGCUUGUUUGUUGUCAGAGUUUCUGUUAUUACUGAACUACUCAGAACAGAUCUUUUCAAACUGCCACUUAUAUCAGCUGUUUUGUUGUUUCUUCUAAAAAUUUGCUAUUCUUUCCCCCCUUAUGAUUUUCUGCUUUCUUUUUCAAAUCUGCAUACAAACUGGGACAUGCUCACUGAUUUAUGCUUUUUCCAUCUUCUAUAAACACAAUGUAAAGUUUGAAACUGUACAAGUACUUUCUCUGGACUGAAGUACCUUGGAGAAAAAGCCUUUGUUUUGGAGGUUUUUUGACGUGUGGGAGAGACAGAGGAAGUGAUUUGUCUUGAUUAAAGUAGAAAAACACUUUUCAAAAACUUGUGCCUCACAUUUUAUAACAAAAUCACCCCCCAUUUAUAUUUCUGCAUUAAAAUAAUGUAAGUAAUCAGUAACAAGGAAGUCUAAGAACCAUCCUUUCUCCAUUCUAUUCUAGAACUAGGACCUCAGUUCUUUUUUUAUAGUAUAUCUUUUCAUAGUGUAGACCCACCUGUGCACUUCUAAUUCACUGAUCAUUAACCCUGUUUGUCGUCUUCUUGUCACCACCAUCCCCUUAUUUAUAGCUGUAAUCAGAGACAUGAAAAUUAUGCCUUAACAGUGAGCGUCUCCUCACCUUCAGCCUGCCUGUCUUAGCUGGAUCCUGCUCUCCUGAACUGAUCAGAACAUACAAAUGUAGCUACCCACCUCUAGGAGGAAAAGUGAGCUGCAGCCCUGGUGAAACAUAAAGUUUAUUUGACUAAAAGUGACGCAAAAAUUCUUAAAGAGCUCUUUGGCAGCAGAUUAUCUGGAAAUCAGACCAUGUGAGGGGGAUUGGUGUACAAAAACCUCACCAAGAUGCUGAGUUGCCCACAGGCUGAGUUUGAGGCUCUGAAGUAAAUGUAGGGUUAGGGUUACUCAGUCUUGGAUAACUCCAGGGGAAAAGCACCUCAGAUUCAUCUGAAAGGCAGCUGUGUUUUUCUGCAGUCCAGUGGACAUAAAGAGUAGAGAGUUUCUGGCAGCAGUGGGAAGACUGAGCAGCCACUUGACACAAGGGGAUUCUGGUCCAGGUCACUCACAAAUGGACAGCAGCACCAUCUGUUAACCAGCAGAAUGGAGAAGUCAUCCAGCAAUGAGAACCAGCCUCUGACUUCUAAGAAAGAGCUCUUGGACUGUACAGAAGGUGAAGAUUGCAAAGAGAAUGGACUCCUGGUCAAGAACCCUAAAUCCGCUCUGCAGCUGGUGGAGGAUGGGAAUAAGGUCCACCCCAGCCAGGGAGAUAAAGGGGAAGCAGGUCAGAUCUCAAAUGGCUACUCAGUGGUUCAGAACCCAGCUCCUUGCGAUGGAAUAGCAGAUGGGGAAGACGUCCAGUGCAUGGCCCCAGCAGCCACAACUACCACCACCACCACCACUUCCACCACUUGUGGGGUGGAGGCUCAACCACAGCUGCUGGAGCCGGAGGAAAGAGAGACCUGGAGUAAAAAAAUGGACUUUCUUCUCUCUGUCAUCGGCUAUGCAGUGGAUCUGGGCAACAUAUGGCGAUUUCCCUAUAUAUGCUACCAAAAUGGAGGAGGAGCGUUUCUCAUCCCGUACACGAUCAUGGCCAUCUUUGGAGGCAUCCCCCUCUUUUACAUGGAACUAGCUCUGGGACAGUACCACAGGAAUGGGUGUAUCUCAAUUUGGAGGAAAAUUUGUCCUAUUUUCAAAGGAAUUGGCUUUACUAUCUGCAUAAUAGCUCUCUACAUAGCCUUUUACUACAAUACCAUCAUGGCUUGGGCCCUCUACUACCUCAUUUCAUCCUUCACGGUGGAGCUGCCAUGGAUCAGCUGCAACAAUGCUUGGAACACCGGCAACUGCACAAACUACUUCAUCAAUGCCAGCAUUACCUGGACCCCACACUCCAUCUCCCCUGCAGAAGAAUUUUAUACCCGCCAUGUUCUACAGGUGCAAAGAUCCAAAGGGCUGGAUGAUCUGGGAGGCAUUAGCUGGCAAUUGACCCUCUGCUUAUUGUUGAUUUUCACUAUUGUGUACUUCAGCAUCUGGAAAGGGGUCAAAACAUCUGGCAAGGUGGUGUGGGUGACUGCCACGUUCCCUUACAUCAUACUCUUUAUCCUGUUAGUACGAGGGGCCACAUUGCCUGGAGCCUGGAGGGGGGUUGUCUUCUACCUGAAGCCUGACUGGCAGAAACUCCUGGCCACUGAGGUCUGGGUGGACGCUGCAGCUCAGAUUUUCUUCUCUCUAGGUCCAGGUUUUGGGGUCCUACUAGCUUUUGCCAGCUACAACAAAUUCCACAACAACUGCUACCAGGAUGCACUGGUUACCAGUACUGUGAACUGCAUGACUAGUUUUGUGUCUGGAUUUGUCAUUUUCACUGUGCUUGGAUAUAUGGCUGAAAUGAGGAAUGAAGAGGUGUCGGAGGUUGCUAAAGAUACUGGGCCCAGCCUUCUCUUCAUUACCUACGCAGAGGCCAUUGCAAACAUGCCCGCUUCGACCUUUUUUGCCAUCAUAUUUUUCUUGAUGUUAAUCACUCUGGGAUUAGACAGCACGUUUGCAGGACUGGAGGGGGUGAUCACUGCAGUGCUGGAUGAAUUUCCACACGUCUGGGGCAAGCGCAGGGAAUGGUUUGUCCUUGGUCUGAUCAUUACUUGCUUCCUGGGGUCAUUAACAACUCUGACAUUUGGUGGUGCAUACGUAGUGAAGCUGUUUGAAGAAUAUGCUACAGGCCCUGCUGUCCUAACAGUGGUGUUUCUGGAAUCCAUUGCGGUGGCCUGGUUCUAUGGCGUCAACCAGUUUUGCAGUGACAUGAAGGAAAUGCUGGGCUUCACUCCAGGCUGGUACUGGCGACUCUGCUGGAUAGCAAUCAGCCCCAUCUUUCUUUUGUUCAUCAUUUGCAGUUUUAUAUCCAGCCCUCCUGAUCUACGGCUUUUUGAUUAUAACUAUCCCUAUUGGACCACUAUAGUGGGUUACUGCAUAGGAACCUCCUCUGUUAUCUGCAUUCCAAUCUACAUGGCUUAUCGGUUGAUAAUCACCCCAGGAACAUUUAAAGAGCGUAUUCUAAAAAGCAUUACCCCGGAGACAGCCACAGAAAUUCCCUUUGGGGACAUCCGCAUGAAUGCAGUUUAAGUUAACAUUUUUGGGGGGAGGGGAAAAGGUGUAAAAGUUUAACUUUUCCCAUGCUCCCCAACUGUCCAUACUCCCCUUUCCAAAGAACUGAGUUUUCAGCUGAGCCAAGGAAUGGGUGGGCGUUUUCCAUGGAGGCCCAGACAACGGCAAUGUGCAUCUGGAAAAUUGGUGCCUCCAGCAUACAGAUCCAAGCAUUUCAACAAAAUCUGCUGCGCACUUCAAACCAGACUAAGAUUCACUGCUGAACUGAUUCAUUCUGAAAACAAGAGGAUGUGUGUAUGGGAGAGACUGCAUAAACCACGACAGGAUGAGUCUCAUCAGUUAGGAUUAGAUUUAGAAUCUCAAAUCUGUGGCAGUACUCCUGUAUUUUUCUCAAUGUGAUCAUUUGUACUGGACCAUGUUGUAUUUGCUUCUAAAGAUCUCAUUGCUUAAACUGAAUUGAAAAAUACAGGAAAGUAGUUCUGAUAGCCAUAUAUUACCUGAGUAAUACAGAGUUUUAUCGCUUAAAAAUAAUAGGACCCUCAGAUCCUUGUUUUGCUGUGGAGUAGGCAGAGAAAGAUGUAGGAAACCACCAUGAAAAGCACUAUGUAUGAAGACUGUGUGUCCAGUUGCACACAUAUUUGGUAACAUCGCCCCCUUCCUUCUUUAUGCCACUUACUUUUCUGCACUUUAUGGACCAUACCAGUUUUCAUCAGUUAUUUCUUGCCUAACAAGCACUCCACAAAUAAAAAGAUUUUGUGAAGUACAGAAUUUUGAAAAUGCUCAGCAUCUUCCCUAUUCUCCUCUGGUACUAGUUAUACAAAACCUUCAGCCCAUCCAUCUCUGGGUCAUAGGUCAGCUGGCAAAUGUUUAAGUUGUUAGCAAUUGCUACAUUGUGGUUCCAUCUGCCUGUCUCUUUUAGCUGUAUAUUCAUGAUGACAUUUUACAGACAGACUUAGCUUAUUUUUUCCUUUAGAAACUGUAGCCCAGUGGUGAAUUGUUAGGAGGUCAGAUGCUAGAGGUUGGACCAUCAGAGCUACAUAGACUUCUUUUACUGCUUUUUAUGGGAAUCAACCUGUGUUUUUUCCUAUUGUUUCCUGUUGCAAAACUAAAGCUUAGGGUUACACUUUAUACUGGUUGGCACAAAUAUCAAGUCUAAAAAUUCUUACAAAAUGUCAUGAAAAUUUACUAGCUCCUGUACUAAAUCAGCUCAUCCAGUCUUUAUCCUGAAGAUAAAGAUAACAAAAAAACAAUGCUAUUUUACUCACUCUGGGCCAGUGGUGAGUACAAUUCUGCAGGGAUGAAUUCUAAUCAUAACUUGAGAUAUACUUAUAUUUUGAGGUAUUUAAUUGCAAAUUAAGUUCUACAUACAUUUAAAUUCAUAAUAGUCUAUAAGUACUUAUGCCUGUCAAGACAGAGGGUAGGUUAAACAAUGAUUACUUUUGAACUCAGUUGCAUUUGCCAAGUGAAUUUCAGGACCAUGGACUGACUAUGCAGUUACAUGGAAAUUGCUUAGUUAACCCUAUGCAGUUAACAUGUAAGUAAAGGAGACAUGCGUUAUACUGUUACUCUGUCACUAAAGCCUCACCAAAUUUUAUUAUAAAUCCUAUCACAACUGAAGCUAAAAUAGAACAUAAAAUCUCCUUGUACAUCAUAAUUUGCCUAUGUUAAAAAUGAAGAGGUUGCCAUACAACAGAGGUGGACAAACUACGGCCCGCAGGCCACAUCCGGCCUGUGGGACCGUCCUGCCUGGCCCUUGAGCUCGCAGCCAGUGAGGCUAGCCCCCGGCCCCUCCCCCGCAGCCUCAGCAGGCUGCCAGCGCUCUAGGCAGCAGGGCUGCGAAAGCCGCCAGGUGUAGUGUAUUAAAUCGCUCCCCGCAGGAAUGUGCUACUUACAGGGCAUCAGGACUGGCAGCCCUAAGCAGUAUACCAUAAGUAGCACAUUCCUACAGGGAGCAAUGUAAUACACUACACCCUUGUAGGGAAGGCUGUGGCUCCCCAAACAGCCUGGUCCCGCCCCCUCCCACUUCCCGCCCCCUGACUGCCACCCUCAGAACCCGUGACCCAUCCAACCCCCUCCGCUCCUUGUCCCCUGACCCCACCCCGUAUCCAACCCCCCUGCUCCCUGUCCCCUGACUGCCCCGACCCCUAUCCACACCCCCACGCCCUGGGACUCCCACGCCUAUCCAACCAUCCCCUGCUUCCUGUCCCCUGACUGCCCCCCAGGACCUCCUGCCCCUUAUCCAACCCCCCGCUCCCCUACCAUGCCCCUCAGAGCACCAUACAGUUUCGGAAACCCCAUGUGGCGCUCAGGUCAAAAAGUUUGCCCACCCCUGCCAUACAAGGAUUCAAGUAGGUGGGCAUCAAGAAAUUUCUUCUGAAAGAAAAAACUUACACUGAUACAUACUACAAAGAACAGAUCAUUUGCACAGAGGAGUGCAACCAUGAUGUGUUUGCCUUUUGAAUAAUAUACAUUUUCAUCUUCUCUCACAAGACUUUUCUGCUUAUGCAUAUAGACACCCACUUCAAAUAAUGUCUCUUACACUUGAGCCAUAGACAUAAGGUCACUUGUCUUGUAGGUCUCUAGCUCAACUCAUUACAUAGAAAUAAUUAUGAGUGAUGACUGAUUAAUUCUGCUGACAAAGGGUUACUAGGACCACACAAGUCAUUUCUAAAGGGAAUAAUGUCUCAAAGUGCCAUGAGAAAGAUUAAAUGAAUCCAUGUCUCACUGGAUAAUGACUUGCAAGGAGUAACUUAGCAAUUUACCCCUCAUGUAUAUUUAAAAACAGCUUCUAAGAUGGACUUAAUUUUGAGGGGAGACAGACAGCAUAUCUGCAGGAUUUGAAGAAAAGUUAUUUAAAAUAGGUCACGGGCUAUUUUAUAAAAUGUAUAAAAACAUCUAAAAUUUAAUAUUCAAAAUUAAAACUGACCAAUCAGAAAAUUAGAAACCAUUUGAUACAAUUGUCAAAAGUUCAACUUUUCUGUCAUAAGUUUAUUGAUGAAAAAAUACAUAUGAAGUGACAGGGGUGGGCAAGCAGGAUAAUUACAUAUUCCCAGCAUCAAGUUUGGGAAGGAAGAAGUCUUACUAUGUCUUCUCUAUUCUCCCUAAUUUGUGUCCAGCCAAUACCAGAACUGUGAAGGGUUUAUUUGUUCUUUUUAAGUGGAUACAUAUUCUAAGCUGAAUUGUUGCCUGAGCCAAUGGCAUUCCUGUCAGGAAGGAAAUGGGAGGGUUUAGGUUCAGUAAGAGCAUUAUCUGCAUUGAAACCAACGUUUUCUUCCCAAUCCCUUGCACAGAAAUUGAAACUCAGGAUGAGUUCUGGUGGAAUAAUAAUUUUGCAGAGUAAUAACCGCAGACAUCUCUACUUUUUAGUGGGAGGUGGAAGAAUACUUGGACUCUUCAGCAGUAACAUUAUGGUGCCAUGUUAUAGCUUUAUAGAUGCAACUGCAAUUGCAAAAUAAAAAAAAAAAUCUUCACUCACAUUAUUUAGACAAUAAUACACAACAGUCUGACUUUCUGGGUGGUUACAGCACAGAAAAUGAAUUAAUUGCCCCAGAAGUACCAGUGUUUUCUAGAGGACUAGGAGACAACCAGGAAGUCCUGAGUUUAAAAACAAGGCCACGGACCCACUGUGUAACUUUGGGCAAGUCAUUUGUUUUCUCUGACUCCGUUUCCCAGAUGAAAAAUUAAGAUAAGCCUACUUGCCUGUUUCACUGGAGGACUGAUGAGGACCACACUUACAAGGUGAAAGGCACUGGAGACAUGCAAAGUACUAGGAAGCAAUUUUCUAGACGUACAGAUUAUAGUUCAUAAUUGGUGUUACACAUUUUAUAUGCCUUAAAAGGCAGAUGGGCUGAACUGACAAUUUGCUGAGCACUACUGACAGGCCUAGAACACUAUUUGCUGACAGCCACUCAAGAAGUCCUACUCCCUUCUAGAAUUUUUCCUCCAGUAAAAGAGUCUUUUAAAAGUUCAUGUAAUCACUAACGACAGUAUCAGCUGUUUCCUUUAUUGCUUUUUCAAAUUCAAAAGGAAAACUAGUGUAAUUUAAUUACAAAGGAUAUGGACCUGAUCCCACAGCAUAAUCAUAUCAGCUUGCACAAAGUGAAUGUAAAAUGCUACCAAAUCAGAAUGGUAGCUCUUUACAUUCUUUUGCAGGGGCUUACAUGAUGACUACAUAAGGUGCUAGGCAGCGUGGGAUCAUUUCCCUUGUCACCAACGAGGUUGUUGGUUGUUGAUACUUUAUUAUACUCAAGACACUGGCAGCCUGAUUCAACUCCCAGGAGAAUCAAUAGGAUUGUUAUAAUUGACUUCACUGGGAGCUGGAUCAGAUCCCUAAAUAUGAAACCACUGUCUUGGCAAUCUCAUGAAGCAAACUAGGGCCCUGAUUCCACAAAGCACUUAAACAUGGGCCUGACUUUAAGCAUGUGAAUAGUCAUCCUGAGACUACUCAUUUACUUAAAGUUAAGCUCAUGCGAGGUGCUUUGCUGAAUCAAGGCCUAGGACAGAAGCAUCAGCUUCCCCAUUAAAAAGCCUUGUUAAUCAGAAAGUUUCAAGUUGUUGUAAGGCAAAUUCCAUAAUUAAACAACUGGUUAACUUAGUUGCCAGGCCAUGGUAAAAUUAACUCCCAACACAUCUUGGAGUCGUUGAACCACUAACUAUUGUACUUGUAUACACUAACUAAAGGAAAGAAGGUGUAUGCUAAUGUUGGGACAGGUUUAGUUACUUUUUAAUCUUUUAAUGCCUUCUGAGGAAUGAGUAACACAGGCACAUUCUGGAUAUCUAGAAGGUCAAGAGAACAUUCAGAGUUCUGAAGGGAAAAGGUUAGAUAAGGUAGGCCCCUUUCUAAAGCCCAUGAAACUACUCAAACGAGAGCUGGGAGAUGCAUUUUACUUUAUAUAACAAGACAAAUCAGAAGGGGUAUCACUUUUUUUCUCCUUCCUGGAUGUUCCUUAGUAUUGAUGAUAACCAGUGUGACUCAUAGUAUUAAAAUACUGGAUACAGCACAAUCAGCUUAAGUAAUUCCAUCAUUCAACCCACACAAGAUGUGUAAUUAUAAUUAGAAUGUGGUAGUACUGCCCAUAAUGUGCGCAGUGCUUGCCAAGCGCAGAUGAAAAUAUAGAUCCUGUACUAAAGAGCAUUCAAUCUUAAAAAAAAAAAAACAUGCAGGAGGGACACCCUCUAAAUCAUUUCCUUUCCUCCCCCUAGAAUGAUCAAUUGUCCUGGGUUUUAGGGGAACGAGUCCAUAAGCAGGGGAAGGAACCGAGAGAUGUUUUCUUUGCAUUUAUUAUCUAUUCUGCGUUAUGUAAUUGCAGAAGUGCACCAUGUUCUCAUUUACAGUCUUGGGGUUCCAUGGAAGGCUGAAGACUGGAAAUUAAACGUUCUUUAAAGAAGCAGAACGUAAUUACGAGAGUAUUGUAUAAUCUUAUCUGGCCUUUUGAAAACUUUGCUUCAUGAAAGUUUAUUUGCUGUUGAAUUCAUGGUUCAGAAUUCAGUUGAGCAACUCUGUAAAUACGAUACAGAUCAU